UAAAAAAUUUGCUUAAUAAUUUCAUUAAAAUUUAUUUUAGAUAGACAUUAUGGAUGAGUUCGAGAAAAUGGACAAUCAAAAGCAGUUACUUGCAGAACCACUUGAAGCGCUCUUACUAAAUGAAACUAAAAGUUAUAAUUUGAAUGUAGUACUUGAAUACCUUGAAAAAAAUCUUGAAGCAUUAUGUGUAGACCAACUCAAACUUAAGAAAAUGCUUGCCCACUUGCAUCUAGCUCUUCAAACAGAAAUAUACAAAACUGAUACAAUAGAUUUAAAUAGUUUUUUAUUAAAUCUGUUAAAUAAAUAUAAAAGCAAUGAAAUGUAUAUUAAAUCUUUAUUACAAAUUAUUUAUCAGAUAUUAAAAACGAUAGAAGCUGAAAACACAAAUUCUAAAAUGAUAUGCAUUAAAGAUGAUACUAUGGAUAAACUAAUCGAUUCACUUUUCACUAUAAAAAAUACCACAAUCAAAGCAAAUAUACUGACGUGUGUGCAAUUAUAUAUGAAAAUAUAUCAUUCAACUGAUAUUUUGGAUAAGAUCUGGCUUAACAUAUUCUCUAUUCCUGCACAGCAGCAGAACUUAUCUCACGUUGCUCAGAUACUUGUUCAUUUAUGCGAUGAGUUUCUGAAAAGAGAGGAUUUUUAUAGCAGCCAAGAGUUCACUGACGUUCUACAACAAUUACUUAAAUCUAAAACGCGUGAAGAACGGAAAUCAUCUUUAUAUAUUAUGAAAAAAGUAAUUAACUUAAAGUUUUACAAUGCGGACAAGUUUAUGGAUUCGAAGGAGUACCAAAUUUGGAUUACAUAUAUAACUCUAUUUGAGAAUUUGGAACAAAAUCAAUCGCAUCUUAUAUUGCCUUCACUGGAAAUAUUGCAGAAUGUUAAAUUCAGUGAUGUUUCGUGGCCAGAAUGGCUUAACAUACUCUACAUACAAACAUUAGACCAACCAAAUACUUUAGUUAUUAGAUGGAUGUUAGAGUAUAUAAUGAAACAAUAUAAAUGCAUAGAGUUGAGUGCAGAAGUGCUACUGCAUUUUCUUGAGGCUUCCAAUAAAACAAAUUUAUAUAAUAAGGAAGGUUAUUUUUUGCCAGACCCAUAUGAGUUUUUAAGUUGCGAAUGUGAAGUGUUUUUAAAUACAUUUGCUCAAAUUAACUGGAAAUGUCUACCAAUGAUCUACUGGUUAGAUGGGUUGAUACAUAUGAAAACUCGCUGGCAAGUCUCUUUUGAGGUACUUUUACAUAUUGCUGGAAAGAUACGUUGCUUACAAAACCCAUCACUACGUCUAGUAAUAAUAAAAAAAUAUAAUGAAUUGUUUAUUGAAGAUUUGAGAUCCAUGAACAUAUGCGAAUUUCUUAGAAUCACAGAAACACUAUAUAAUAUAUCUGACGGCUUUAAUUUCCACAAUUUAUUUAGCGAUAAACUACAAUGCAAUAUGCAGAAUAUAAUAAAAAAUGAAACAUUAAUAUUUACACAAAGAUUUUAUGAAAUUUACACUUUUGCCAUGCCAAAUUCCUUUGAAGCAAUGGAAGACGUGUGCAGAUAUUUCUGUGAUAAACCAAAGGAGCAUCAGAGUUGGUUACGAUUUAUGAUUGUAUUCGAUUGUUAUCAUUUAUUUAAAAAUCAUGAAAAAAUUGAUUAUAUUUAUAAAUUUUGGAAACGACAUCUAGAUUUAGAUAUAAACAUGUUGGAAAAAUUAAAUCUAGCCGAAACUAUUGCAUAUUUUCAAAAUAAACUUAUGUGGAGCAAUGAUGAAAAACAAUUUAUACGUACAAAAUCUGUAGAAUUUUUUCUGGAUUGUAAAGUAAAAAAGUUUUCAGAUAUGUACAACUUGGAUAUGAAUUCUGAGGAUUUAUUAGAAUCAGGAUCACAGAGAACACUUCUACAACUAUUGCGUUUGUUAUCCAAACACAAUGAAAGAAUACAGGAGAGAAUACUUGAUGAGUUUGUUAUUCGAAUCAAAGAUUUAGUGAAGUCGGAAAAAAGACUAAUCGAGGCGGUUGUUUACAUAUUGACAUAUAUUAAGGCUCUGUUUCCAGAGAAAUUGGAACAUUAUGCAGAGAUUAUUUUAAAUUUCGAUUUUGAAAAUAUUCAACUUCUACAGUGUAUACUAAAUUACACAAAUAACCUGAGUGAGGCAACAAUUAUUAAGGGUAUCCUAUAUGGUGAUUCAAAAACUGGAGAUGCACGUAUUGAAGAUGUAUUUUACAUCCAUAUCAAUAAUAUACCAACUCGUUCUGCCCAAAUUCGUAAACGAUAUAUACAACUAAUCAAUGAGCGUUCUUUUACAGAUAUAUUCAGUACUUUGUUAAAACAAAAUAAUAAUAUUACUUGUAAGAAACCUCGAUAUUUCGAGCAUUCAAUGGAACAUCGCUUAAAGUUAAGGAUAGCAACUACUUUGGUUUGCAAUAUGGAAAAUCCCAAUCUCAAACUUAAUUACGAUGAUCUCUGGCAGAUUUUACUUAAACAGAAUAACCAAUUGAACGUUACUUAUAUGUAUGAACUUCUAACAGCAUACUUUACACCCAACAUUCAAGUAAUAAAAAGUCAAUUAGAAAAGAUCGGAACAUAUACACCAAGUCAACAAGUGUCUGUAAUAUGUGUUACACAUACUUACUGCUUACUGCACAAAAUUUCUGAUAUUGAACAAAUUAUCAAGGAGCUACUUCCUUUAACGAUGGGAGCAAAUUUUCAAAUUCGUCUCUACUCACAAUUGGCAAUCCAUAACUUGUUAGUGGAAAUAAAAAAUAUUUCACCAUCACAGAUUGCUAUCUUAUCUGCUAUAAAGUUAACGCUCGGUAAACAAAUAGACGAGUUAUUACAAGAUGUGCGUUUAAAGCUUCAUAUUCUAGUAAAGCCUUCCCAAAUGAACUGGUAUUAUGCUGCUUCAUCUAUAAUGUAUAUUACAAAUGCAUCAUAUGAUGAGUACUGUAUCAAUGAAAUAAACCGAAACGAUCUGCUGCAAUUGCGGAUAUCGUAUUUAAAAAAGUAUACACCUACAAAACCAUGUGACAUUAUGGAAAAAAUAUCUUCAAUCGAUUUAAAUAAUAUGCAGAGAAAAAUGAAUCCUAUUGAUGAUAUAUUAACUCCAACUUCAAUUAUAUCGUAUCAGGAGUGUGUUGAAGUUGAGAUGUAUGUAGUAGCAUCUCUUAUAGAUAAAUUACCAAAUUUGGGUGGAAUUGCACGAACUUGUGAGGUUCUGGGAAUUAAGAAUCUAAUUCUCGAUAGUAAAAAACAUAUUGAACAAAAUGAUUUUAAACAUCUAAGUAUGACGGCAGAGAAAAACUUAAACAUCAUGGAAGUGAAGCCAAAUGAUUUACCAGAUUUUUUGAUUCAAAAGCAAAGUGAAGGAUAUCAUAUAGUUGGUGCGGAACAAACUGUGAACAGUGUUAGCUUCGUGAAUUUUAAAUUUCCUAAAAGAUGUGUACUGCUAUUAGGGCAUGAAAAGGAGGGUAUUCCCGGCAAUUUAUUAGGAUUUUUAGAUUACGCAGUGGAAAUACCACAAUUCGGUAUAGUGCGCUCUCUGAAUGUACAUGUCACAGGGGCGUUAUUUUUAUGGGAAUAUUGUAAACAACAUAUUGUUACAAAUCAUUUGAAAUAAUAUCAAUUCCAUUUAAAUUAUA